AUGAGCAUCAGCCCUAACUUCCCAAACGCCGCCUCACCUAUGCCCCCGGCGGCACCCCCCUCGCCCCCCGCCGCGCCGUACAUCAAGCCCCAGCCGCGACCGCCCAGAUCGCCCGCGCGCGCGGCGCAGAUCAGGGUGCAGAACCGGCGGCGCGAGUACCUCGAUCGGAAUCCGGGGUACUUUAAUUCGCUGGAGCAUGAGCUUGCCGACCCCAUACUAUACGACGCGCUCGUACGGCAGUUCCAAUCGCCGGCCGAGCGCGAGAAGGAAGGGCGCGAAAAGGGGUAUUCGCGGGUAUUAGAAGUGGACCUUUUGCGCGGCGAGGCUAAGCUGGCGCAAAUUACUUCCUCAUCUAUCGCUUCUUCUUCUUCUUCUCCCCCCCAGGGCAGUAGUCUUCCCGCGGAACCUUCGGCAGCAGGGCGACCGUCUUGGCUCCCGAAACCGGCGGCGGAGGAUACCGACCCGUUUAUUCGGGAGUAUGCCAACGGAGGCGACGGUCUCGGCGACGAUGGUAGUAGUGUUGGUGUGAGUGUUGGUGGCGACGGUGCUGAAGCGAGGCUGAAGGGGUUGCCUCGGCGGCCGGAGACUAAGGAUGAAGGGCGCGGGCGGUGGGAUGACUUUCUAAGGCGCCGGUUCGUAUUGGGACGAGAUGAGGACUUUGAUUACAGCACCGUGGAUGAGAAUGAUGAGUUUGACGUGCUUGAGCGCCGUGAGCAAGAGGAGGCGUGGUUUGAUGAUGAGGAUCCCGAUUGGGCGAGUGACUUGGUCGGAGAUCAGGGGGGUGGUGACGGGAAGUUAGAGGAGAAGAGGCUUGAAGGGGAGACUGGAAUUCAGGAUUUCUGA